GAUGCAUCCUGGGAGAACGGAGACAGCCGCCAUUUUGCUGGCUGGCCGGGUUUAUCGUAUUGAUAUAAUAAUAAAGUUUACAAGGAAAUCGGACGUGAUUUUGGUUGAAAGAAUUUGGAGGUAAUUCUGGUAAAGGUCGAAUUCGCCGAAUAAAGAGUUUAAAAUAAGGAAUUGAUUAUUAAGGUCGUAGUUUGAGGUGGCGAUUAUGGGUCGUUCUCGCAGUCGCAGCUCGUCCCGCUCUAAGCACUCCAAGAGCAGCAAGCACAACAAGAAGCGGAGCCGGUCCAGAUCUCGGUCCAGAGACAAGGAGAGGUCUAAGAAGCGAUCGAAGUCCCGGGAAGCGAAGAGAAGCCGGCGGAGAGAGUCGCGGUCACGUUCCCGCUCCGCUACAGCCGCGACCCGUAGAGAAAGGGAGCGGGAGCGAGACCGGGCUGCCUCCCCCUCCGACAGGAUCGACAUCUUCGGGCGGACAGUGAGCAAGAGAAGCAACCUCGACGAGAAGCAAAAGAAGGAGGAGGAAGAGAAAAAGGCCGAACUGGAGAGACAGAGGAAAAUACGACAACAGGAGAUUGAAGAAAAGCUCAUUGAAGAGGAGACGGCGCGGCGUGUGGAAGAGAUGGUGGCCAAGCGGGUGGAGGAGGAGCUGGAAAAGCGGAAAGAUGAAAUUGAGCGUGAGGUGCUCCGGAGGGUGGAGGAGGCCAAACGCAUCAUGGAGAAACAGUUGCUCGAGGAGCUGGAGCGACAGCGGCAAGCUGAGCUCGCAGCACAGAAGGCUAGAGAGGAGGAAGAAAGAGCAAAACGAGAAGAACUGGAGAAAAUAUUAGAAGAAAAUAACCGUAAAAUUGCUGAUGCUCAAGCUAAACUGGCUGAAGAGCAACUGAAAAUUGUAGAAGAACAAAGGAAAAUUCAUGAAGAGAGGAUGAAAUUAGAACAAGAAAGACAACGUCAGCAAAAAGAAGAGCAAAAACUAAUCUUGGGCAAGGGAAAGUCAAGGCCCAAGCUGUCCUUCUCUUUAAAACCAACAGAAUGAACUGCAACUUGUACUUUUAACUGUAUGGUAGCUUCAUGUUGAAGUGUUUUCUGGAGAGUCUGGAAUGUUGGCUUAUACCGAUGUGGGCUGUGCUCAACAAUCUUUCGAAAGGAGAUGAGGCAUCUUUUAAUUGAUAAUCCAGCCAUCAUAAUUUUUUUUU